GAGACACAAGCAACCAUCGACAAACAAAACGUCUCCGCAGUUCGUUUCUUUCGUUCCGUGCGAGCGGUUCACAUCAGUGCGUGUGUCUCUGAGGCAGGUUUUUCCGUGCCUUUUUUUCCGUGUCUGUGCUACACGUGCGGUGCGUUUUUGGCGAUUGCAGUGCUUUUCAACGCCCAGAAAGUGAUACAGAUCGCACAGACGACCGCCCGUGCGGUCCCGGGACCGCGCCAGGUGGAAACUAUCUUAAUGACGGAUUGUUUGUAAAUUUUCGCUCUGCUGAAGCAACAGUGUGACCCCCCUUUUGGACUAGCAUCCAAAAAAUAAACCAGACAAGGCGGGGUAGACUACUACCUACCAGCAGCAGCAGCGCUUUUCGUGCCCUCUACAACCCUUGUGGCAAGUGGUAGAAAAAAAAGUGUGUUGUGAAAAACCGUUCUUUGGCCACGCCACGAAUUGUGAGUUUCGAUGUUGUGUUGUGAGUGAGCGGGCGAUUUCUUUGACCAACAACAAAAAAUUGGUAUCCAACAGUACGCCUCUCUAGGCUGAGUGCGCGCGUGUGUGUCAGUGCUACAACAGGCAGAACUUUAGCUGGCUCGAGGAAAAACAGGGCGUUCGUUCGAAUUCCUUACACAAGAACGAGGAAGCGGAUGGAAGGUCUUAGCACCAACGAAUUGUAAACGACGGAAAACAGCUACAAGUGAAUACAGUUUAAGACAAACACAACAUUGAAUAACCGAACCACCGAUCACCCGUGCCCAUGGUCUGACCCAGGCGAUCGCGAUCGACCAGCGGAGUAGCGUUCGAUCCUUACCGUAGCGUUCCAUCGGAGAGCCGCAUGCACCCGUGCCGGUUUGCGUGGUGUGCUCUAAUGAUACGCUAUCAAGCAUCGGAACGCGACCACCGCCGAGGGAUCACCGUGCUGAUAGCAGCGAAUAAAAAAAACCCGCAGCAAGAAGCAUUAAUCAUCCGGAACCUGAGCUCUGCCUUCGAAGCCGGCCGAGCCUGGAGGGAGUAAAAGCGAGCGAACCGUUUUGCAACGGCUCCGGAAGGAUAGCAGCGAGAGGGUAAGAGCUGCCUGAGCGCGGCGUAGCGCCCGCACUGUUAAGAGACCCGGAACAAAUUUAGAACGGGCGCAACGGAGCAACCAGAUAUAUGCCGAUCGACGCCGAUCGCCUCCAGGAUGAGCACGAACUCGCCCGGAACGCCGAAGAAGUGUCGGCUGAUACUGCAACAAUGUCUCGCGAUACAGCUGACCAAACCGGGCAAUCCGCCCGAAGACUUCUGGAUGUACGACAGUGGCUACACGAUCUUUCAGAACUUCCUAUCAGCUAACCUUCAGUGCUGGUGGAACGCACCGCUAGCGGCAGCGACGAAGGUCCUCAAAUAUUUGGGCCACAUUUCGCCCGGCAUGCUGCUGAUAACGGCCGAACCGUGCGCGCUGGAAAUCAUCCGCAGUGCUUACGCUCGCAGCGUCCUCAAACCACCGGCCACCUAUCUGAUCAACUCCGUAGGUGACAUCGAUGAUUGUAUUGUGACCCCGAUCGUACAGACACAGUUCACACCACUCACGGAAGCGCUCUGCGACGUGAUCAUGGAGCUAACAUCGCAAGGACAGUCCGCCACCAUCGAGAACAUACGCAAUCGAUUGCGUUCUAGGUUCACCCACAUGCAGCAGCCAUCGGUAGAAGUCAUCUACGAUACGCUCGUGCAGCUGAUGCAAGAGAUCAAAAUCUACCAAACAUCCAAAGGAUACUUUAUCGUCACGCCAGAGAAACGACGCAACAAAACGAACGGUUCGCUCGAGUACGGUUUCCCGGGCGGUGUCGAUCUGGACAGUGCAGCACCGACGAAAGAGUCCAAAACGUUGCUGAUGAGCAGCCACGAAGCGCUCAGCAGUCUGUACGGGGAGAUUUCGACCGUGCGGGCCGGCGAUCAAACGCACCAGUGCAUCCAAACCAAUCUGGCCGACGUGAUCUGCGGUGGUAAUCCGAACGACAAGAUCCUUUAUCCACGGUCGGCCAGCAAGCAGCGCAGUGCCUCGUUCCCGAGCAACGGGAAAACGCUCGAACGGCGCCAUAGUUUACGCUUCUUUGGUUCGUCCAAGCGACUCCAGCGGUCUGCCUCUACGAGAAGCCUUUCCAAGAACUAUGCGCAAACGAUCAGCAAAGACGGUACGGCACCGUUGGCAACACCCGAGCCAACGACCGCAUUGGAUGCGAAAAAACAAGCCUCAUCUCAAUCACUGCUUUCGAGGAUUUUCCGACGAAGUACACGCUCCAAGAGCAAAUCGAAGCAGAUCGAAACGUACUCGGCCCAGUUCCCGCCACCGGAGUGGUUCAACUCGAAGACCACGCAUCUGCACAGCGUAGGCACACAGACGACGGACUAUUUGGACUUUCCAAUCAAGUCACGCCUGCUCAACUCCACCUUCUACGACAGCUCGGACGUGAGCCAACGGUCCCUCUCGCUUCCGAGACGACGGCACCACCGACGAAAUCUUUCCAGUGAGUCCACAUUCUUCAUCUCGUCCCGCGACUGCUCACCGGUGCGGCGUGGCAAAAGCCCCGGCUCCUACUACUGUGGCAGUUUGCCGCGGUCGAUACACUCCACACCAGCCAGCUCGGGCUACUACAAGGUGUCCCGCAGCAAACAACUGUCCUCCGCCGACAAACUGCACAGCAGCGACAGUCAGGGAAAGAUGGAACACAAAACUAGUCGCAGCCUUGGCAUUGCCAGCGGUCCAUCCAGCAUCGAUAGUGGCAAGAUGACGUACGUCACGUCGGGACCGUCCAGUUUCGACAGCGAGAAGCUAUCCUCGACGCGCACCAGCACACAUUCCAGCCUGGAAUCGCACGUGUCUUCCUCCACCAUUACAACCGCCAUUCAGCAGCAGCAGCAGCAGCAGCAGCAACAGUCUGGGAAUUCUAGCUUGUUUAUGAACAACGAUACGAAGCCACCCUCCUCCGCUAGCUCGCUGUCCGGAAGUCCUAGCCGGGUAGCACAAAAUGGGUCGCCGAAGUCUUCGCCCUCGGCACCCAAAGGAACAGUCACAACCGUCAUGACGGCAGUAGCAUCGACGACGAAAGCCAAUAACAGCUACAAAUGCUUCGAGACAACGUUCGGCUACACAAGCACCAACGGUGGGACGGGUGUUAAGGGCAACACACCACCCUCCCUUGCCCCGAAAAGCCCUACCCGAGCAGGUGGACUCGGCGGCAUCAGUCUCACCAAACCGAUCGACCACCUAACCGCACUCAGCGAAUCCUUGCUACAGUUCCGCCUCAACGGAGACUCCACCUCGAACUCGGGCUCGUCCGGAUCUUCACCGCCCAGUUCGACGACUCACACCGUUCCGGUCCAACCGAACGGAACACCGGAGCUGAACAAGUACAACAAAAACAGCACCAUGAACAACAGCAAACCGUUCCAACCGAUGGCAUCCACCCCGGUACAACCGCCGGCAAACUUUUUCUACAAAAAUGUGCUCAAAAACAUCCAGCACGAUAGUAAGAAUAUCUGCGGAGAUCUAGCGAUGGAGAAGACCUCCCCGACCCGAACGUACGACGAAGGAUCGGGCCGGAUCGGGUUGCAGAGUAAUCUGCGCCGUUCGAACUCCGAGAUCAAGAAGCUUAACGCGAACCCUGGCCGGGAAGGGAAGCUGGCGGAAGCGGACGAUCCCACCAAGUGUGGUCGGACGAUCCCACCGGCCCAACCCCUCAGCGGGCUGAUCGUAAUGAAGAAAAGCCUGUCCGUGUCGAGUGAACCGAAUCUGCUAGCGAACGGUGACAGCAAGGCGGCCCAGAUCACGAUCCUGGUGCAGGAAAAUGGUGGCCCGAACCAUGGGUCGAGCGGCGAGCGGGAAAAUGGCGAUCCGGAUGGGCGCAAACGCUACUCACACUACGAUGAGCUGGAUCGACGGUUUAGCAGCAACGCGUGCGAUGAACCGCUCGUGCUCGAGGAGAUGUACGAGUUCCCGAGCCUGUCCGAUUUGAGCUUCAACUUUACGUCGCUGGCAGCGCAAAAGAUUCUGCAGGGCGAUGCCAGCCUGAACAGUAUCGAUACGCUGGUCGAGCUAAACAUUAACCAGGAGAAGCAGCAAACGCUGAUGCGGCUCAAGAACGAUGCACGGCUGUUGGCGCAAACCGUCGUGACACCGCCGGCCGAACCGGACACGGCCAAGGUGAUGACGGACUUUGGGAUGGUUUGAACGCACCGACUCACACAGAAACACAGCGAAACACACACACACACACAUUUAUAAAAAGUGCCAAUAUCUUAGGAGCUUAUUAGUAGGAGCAUGCGGCGUUACGUGAGGUUUGACGGGAGUAGGCUUCGGCUUCACCAGGGGCUCUCGCCCGCGUGCAUGUGUAUGUAAUCGUAACCAUUUUAACCCAUUGUACAGAAGAAAGUAAUACAUGCAUAAAGCAAUGUCUUUACAGCAAAAAAGCACACACAUACACACAUAACAGCAUUACUACUACUAGUACUCGAACUACGAACAACGUAACUCGACUCGAGCCUGACACCCAUGUAUAAGCCGAUAGUAGUAAAGACAACCUAUAAAACCAGAAAUAAACAGCAACGAAAUUCGGA